AUGAUCUGUUUUUGAUGGAACAGUCAAACGAAUCAUUACAUUUAAAUGAGUCAUUUGUGUGACAUGCUGUCAUAUCAGUCAGCUGAGCGCAUAUUGCCUGACUCCAUUCGAUUGUCUAUGACUUGGUUGAUUAGAGCGUUGAACUGAAAACUGUAUUUGGCUCGGACAUCAGCCCCACCGACUCGGCUUAACCAGUUCGUCUGAUUCGGUGAAAAGAUUUAAAUGAAGGAUUGGGUUACAAAUCAGACGUCACCACUCCACAGUGCGGCUGUUUCUAUCUCACUAGAGAAUUUGCAGAAAGAAAAAUCUGCAGUUAGAAGUAGACAGUUGAUCGUCAUGGGAAUUAAAACAAUCUUGAUUUUAGUUGUAAUGGCACGUACAUGCACUGCCACCUUUGAAGACAAACUUGUAGGCAGUUUUGCUAUUAUAACAGACUGUAAUUCUACUCUGGACCAAGCAAAGCUCAGCUGUUCCUCAAUGUCCAUCUCAAAAGAGACUGUUGACUUCCUUAAAGGCCUGCUGGUCACACGCCUCAUGCCCUCGUUCUACAUCUUCAUCAUCCUCAUUAGUUUGCCCCUAAAUGGUUUGGCGAUGUUGACGUUCACCUGUAGGAUUCGAGAGAAGAAACCAGCCGUGAUCUACAUGUCUCACCUGGCGUGUGUGGACCUGCUCUUCACCCUGCUGCUGCCUCUGAAGAUCCACUACCAGCUGAACGCUUCAGAUUGGGUGUUCGGUGAGGCGGCGUGUCGUGUGCUCAGUGCAGCUUACUACUGCUACAUGUACUGCUCCAUACUGCUGAUGAUGUGCAUGAGUGUGGACAGGCUGCUGGCUGUGGUGUUUCCCAUCACCUCUCUGACCUGGAGGAGCACAAGGAAAGCUACACUCAUAUGCACAUUAGCCUGGCUGCUGGCGCUCACUGGUACGGUGCCACUUUUCUCAAUGAAACAAACAUUCAAGAUUAAGGAUGUGGGUGUCACUUGCCAUGAUGCACUCAUCCAUGCUGACCCUACAGAUCAGCAGUACAUGUAUCAGUACCAGUUCUCCAUCCUCUCCUGUGUCUACUACUUUGUGCCACUUAUCAUCACCUUAGUGAGCUACUCCACCAUCAUAUAUGUGCUCCAUGUAAAGUCUAAUCUCUUAGCUACAACAUCAUCCUCAUCUUCUGCCAACAGAAGGAGGGCAGUCAUUAUGGCUAUCGCUGUGCUGACUGAGUUUGUGGUGUGCUUUGCGCCAACCAAUGGCAUCCUAUUGUACCACUGUUUUCUUUUAGCUACUGGAUUCAACAGCGGUGAGGGAGAUUCAUCAUAUGCGGCUUACCUGUUGGCUGUGUGUUUGGGGAGCGCAAGUGUUUUUCUGGAUCCUCUUCUGUACUACUACGGCUCGUCUCAAUGCAGACAGCAGAUCCGCUCUGUGUUGAGGAGGGGGAAGACACUGCAAACAACCUCACCAACUAACACAGACAAAAUUCACAUCUCUCACUAAAACCAGGCUUGCCGUAAAACGUGAAACUGUGUGAAAUUGUAUUUGGGUCAACAUCUGUAUAUACAAAGCCCGUAGGCAUGCAUAAUGAAAACAUUAGACCUGUAGCAGAGAAUUAGUAUUUAGGUGUAACAAUAGACAAUAAGGUAUUGUGGAAAGAUCAUAUUGAGAGUUUGUGUAAAAAGACAAACCAGAUAACUUAUUUUCUUUGUCCUCUCAGGUCAUUUGGAGUAACAAAACAGAUUAUUGUAUUAUUCCUUAGAUAAGUAAUUAUGAGUGUCUUACAGUAUUGCAAUUCAGUUUGGUACAUGAGUUUGUUUGUUAGGCUAAAAACAAAGUUGAGGAACCAAAUUAAAAUCGGUUGAUAGGACAGCCUCUUAAAAAAGUUAUAUGAACUUUCUUAUCGUAAGAACCUCUUAAGGUUAACCAAGAAUAUUGUUUCUAACCCAUAGUCAUGUGUUGUAUAAUGAAUUUGUGCUUCUACCAUCUAAUCGUCGAUACAAGAUUUAAUCGAGUGAAAUCCAAACACUCUAUUGUAUAUCAAGCUGUCCUAGCACUGAAUGAGGUACAUAUAUAAAAUGAAAACUCCAGGAAUUAUGUGUUGUUGUUUUUUUUUUAAUUCUAUUGGGUUUACUGUGUCUAUAUAUAUAUUGUGAAUUAUUUUUUGUUUGUAAAGAUUUAGUGUGCAAAAACAUACUAUUACACAAGAAAAAAUUCAGACU